AUGGAGUGUCGUGAUCGGUUUUUCAUGAUAGCGUUUGACCUCUUGUUAUCUGGGGAGGAACCUCGCUUUGAAGCUGUCGAUGAAUCAGGCAUGUUCCCCAUCACUGAGCCAUACGCUGCAAAAUGUGGAUACAGCAUCAGUUUGCACCUUUCACAGCUACGAGCAUCUUACUUCAGCUGUCACACUCAAAACAAAGAUGACAAAGAGUUCACGUUCAACUUCAACCUCAUUGCGACACGUGAUGGAAAGGAAGUUACGUAUGCUUUGAAUAAGACCUGUUCCCCAUCUCUGCCCUGGUCUCCUAGAGAGGUCACCUGUGAGGAAAACUACAUGGAAGUGUCUAUGCAGAGUGAACUCACCUGUCGAUUUGGGGCGAAUAUGGCCGACUGGGACACUCUUACAGUUGCUCACAGAUCCACCACUUCUGACUGGCAGGUGAUGUUCCAAAAAGCAGGUGAGAGGUUGAUGCCCAUAACGAUAAAGGAAGCCCGGAGGCGGGGUUAUGUUUUUGAUGUGACCAAUAGAAGGCUUGUAUUCCGAACGGCGUAUGGACAACCUGACGCCUUCAACACUACGGUGAAUGAUGUUCCAGUAGAGGUCAUCCAGGCCUCUAUGUUCUCCAGACAGAGCUGGGUCGUCCUCAUGGUUGACCUGGUCCUCACCUGUUCAAGGCAUGAAGGUUCAUAUGGGGAUGGAGGAUACAUGAUAUGGGAGACUCCUGAGACGGUAAACCCUGGACUGAACACCCAACAGAUCAGCGUUGGACUCAGUGGUGAACUUAUGGAGCAGCCUGUUGCAGAGGACAGGGGUUACAUCAUAAGGAAACACAACAACACAGUCCAGAUCAGCAUCCCCUACAACGCAGAAGGACGUCACAGGACGAGUGUUGUGAUGGGUGACCUCUUCGAGUUCUUCAUCUUUCAUCUCUAUUUGGAGCAAAUCUUGGUGGAUGAGGUUGAAGCUGAGACCAGACUCCGCCUCCACAGGACAUUGACUACUGACCUGUUGAGGCACCCUGUCGUCACUGACAACCGAACUGUUGUAGAGGAUCGCAUCUUCACCGUCUACCUCGGUGACAUCCCUGAAGAUGUAAAUUUGGUUGGUCUUGAACUGAACGGACAAUGGUUUACGGCGCCUUUUACAAAUACGAGCACCUGCAAAAUGGAAGAAGAGGUUCAUCCUGACACUACUCAUGGCUUCACCCUGAAGGUGUCUUUUGACGACCCCUGUGUCAUUCAACAGUUUUCUACAGAAGAUGCAGUUGUUCAGUAUCAGCUGGAUGUGAACUACACACUGACUAUUGUACCUGACGAUGAACCGUUUUACCACGUGGCCUCUUUCGUGGCUGUUUGGACUGAUUUGACUCCUCCGACCUUCGAUGCAUUCUGUUCUGAGACCGGCAUUGUCUUCAGACUGGACCGCCGGUCUCUGGACCACAAGUGGGAGGUGGUCAUUGGCUCAGACCCUCUGACAUCAGACCUGGCCAACCAGUACAGCUACAUCAUGAGCAACGACAGCAACGAUCUGCUGCUGGAGGCGCCGCUCUUCACUCAGGGCUACGAAUACAAGAAUAUGACUUUGGAAGGAUUCAACGGCACAUUUGAGAUUCAUGUGCGAGAUCGAGAAACAUCAAAUAUCCAGAGUUCGACUGUCAAGACGUGUCCAUUCACUGCACAAGAGCUCAUUGUGUGUUCGACUGAUGGGAUGAUGACUGUGGUCGCUGACCUGUCUUCGGCCAUUCCAAGUGGAGGGGUCCCGGCCAGAACCAACCUCCUGGACAAAAACUGUGGACCCAGAGAAGCAGACGACACCAGGGCUCUGUUCUCUUUUACAGUUUCAAGCUGUGGAUCCGUAGUGAAGCUUGAUAACGAAAACGUGACGUAUGAAAAUGAAAUUUUUUACAGUGAAGCUGCUCCUGAUGAAUCUACUGACAGGGUGAUAGUACAGUGUACGUACCCUCUGUCUGGGCUCCAUCGACUCUUUUCUACGUUGAUUUUCGAGUCGGACUCAGCUGGAUUUGGCAGCAUCACUCAUACUUUACAGCCUGAAGCAGGUCUGAACAGUCCCACCAUCACACCCACUGUAUUAACAACCAACAGACCAAUCAGAACAGCUGGUCCAUAUAAACCAGCCCACCCUUCAUCGGUUCGCUACGUCAAGGUCCAUCCAGGGCUCAGAUCCUUCAUCCAGAGGCAUCACAUGGGAGCUGAUGGAUCUUCUGAAGAUGACACAGAAACUGAGCAAAGAUGA